UCAGAACGCCGACUCAACUUCCGGCUGGUUUACCUGUCGCGGUUCCUGUGGGGAAGCGGAGUGUGUUUGUGGCCAUGGCUUGCGCCGCCGCGCGUUCCCCGGCCGACCAAGACAGGUUUAUUUGUAUCUAUCCUGCUUACUUAAAUAACAAGAAGACCAUCGCAGAAGGAAGGCGGAUUCCCAUAAGUAAGGCUGUCGAAAACCCUACAGCUACAGAGAUUCAAGAUGUUUGCUCAGCAGUUGGACUUAAUGUAUUUCUUGAGAAAAAUAAAAUGUACUCUAGAGAAUGGAAUCGUGAUGUUCAAUACAGAGGCAGAGUCCGGGUCCAGCUCAAACAGGAAGAUGGCAGUCUCUGUCUUGUACAGUUCCCAUCACGUAAGUCAGUAAUGUUGUAUGCAGCAGAAAUGAUACCUAAAUUAAAAACAAGGACACAAAAAACAGGAGGUGGUGACCCAAGUCUUCAACAAGGAGAGGGAAGUAAAAAGGGGAAAGGAAAGAAGAAGAAGUGAUCUGUCAUGAACAUCAGAUACAUGGUCCUACUGUAAGAGACAUGAAUCGAGGUUUCUUUUGUUCACUCCAUUUAACUGAACUAUGAACAUUUGUGCCUCUCAUCUUCAUCAUUGGAGUUAACAGUGAAAUAAAUUCACAUCAAAAGUUUGUGGUUAACUUUUAUGCAGUAUAAUUUUUUGUUUUUGUCUUUCAAUGGGUUCUUGUGGAAGAAAGAAGACUUAAUGGACCAUGGACUUUUCUAGAAGUUACUUGAAAUUCUGUAUUUGUUAUCCUAUUGUCAACAUUUAAUUUCACAUAGUAAGUUUAAUAAGAUUUGAAAUACUUGUUUUGUCUUAAGUUAAUAAAACAAAAACUUUAAACUGG